AUGGACUGGGCCGCCCUGGCUGCCGCGCCGCCGCCGCUGGUGGCACCGCUGGUGACGCCCACGUUGUGGGCCCAUGAGCCGGAUAGCUACCUGGCUCGAGGGGUGCUGGUGUGUGAGGAGGGUCGCUGGAAGCUGCAUGCUGAAGUCAUGGAUGAACAGAAUGCGGCGUUUCCCAUGGAGGAGUGGCAACGCACGGCCAUUCGCUGGGCUCUGGAAAAGGAGUUUGAGACCGCCAGCUUUCCCUGGCGACCUGGAGACGCCUGCGAAGCGCGCGACCGCUCCGGGCGCGACCGCGGCUUUCCGGCGGUGCAUUGCCAGGCGGAUUCCCUCACCUCCGUGGCUGCGCAGAUUCGCGAUGGCCAACUGAUCCUACGUUUGAUGCAGACUCUGUACCUGGAAUCGCCACGGCAUUGGACUCUUCGUGGGAUCAACAUCGGAGCUGGCAUUGACAACUUUCCGGUUUGUGAAGGAAACAACAGCUACUGCAACCAAGACGACCCGCUGGAUCUGUGGCUCUCCCAUGAAGCCAAGCAGAUUGUGCUGAUCGAUGGAGACAGCUACCGUCUUAAGCAAGCGAUCAAGAAGGCCAUGACCAAACGCCUUAACCAGGAAGACAUGGAGGUGCUCACGCUGAACCAGGCCCUUACCCCUUUGGAUGUGGAGGCGGGCGUGAUGGAUGAGUUGCUCGAAAGCUUUGAUCACGAGGUGGACAUUUUGAAAAUCGAUGUGGACUCCUACGACUGCGCUUUGCUCCAAGCCCUCCUAGCCCGCAAGGUGAAAGCCUAUGUCCUUGUGAUGGAGUCACAGCCUUUGAUCCCUCCACCCUUCAAGUUCGCACGAGCUUUUCAUGGUGACGAGCCGCUUGAACAAGGCCUAGUUGGUUGUUCCUUAUCCUAUCAGCUGCAACUCGUGCGGCCAGACUACGAACUGCUGGUCUUUUCGGAGCAGGAUACGGUCUUCGUCCACCGGGAGCUGCUGAAGGACUUGGAGACGGCGCCCUUAGGACAGCUCUUUUCUUGGACACGGUAUCCGCUCCGUUUUCCUGUGGACGAGUUCGACUGUUUUCAGCGCUCGCGUUUUCUACACCCCAGCGACGCCGCGGACCGCAGCCUGGGUGAAAAGGAAGGAACCGGCGGAGGACGGCUGACGCCCAAAGCGAUCCCCCUGGAUUUCGUGCGAGAAUGGUUGGAGAGUGGCAGCAAAACGCCCAUCGCCACCUUAGAACGAAUUUGGCGCAACAUCACGACAGUCGUUGAAGCAGCAGCAGAAGCCUCGCCUCUGCAACAUGUACGCUACAUCUUGGACCUGU